GAGCCGUGUGCAGGCUGCGAGGGGCGGAGGUUUUGCACUCGCUCUCGCCUGGCCAAGGAUAAAUAGGAGGCGGCUGUGAGUCCUGCCAAAGCUGCUCUUCUCACCGCCCAACGCGUCUGACAGCCAGCACACAGCCCAGGCAGACAUGGACUCCCAGGACUGCCCUUGUGCCGCGGGUGGCACCUGCACCUGUGGGGACAACUGCAAAUGCAAAAACUGCAAAUGCACAUCAUGCAAAAAAGGCUGCUGCUCCUGCUGCCCGGCGGGUUGUGCCAAGUGUGCGCAGGGCUGCGUGUGCAAGGGGCCGCCCUCUGCCAAGUGCAGCUGCUGCAAAUAGGGAUCCCUGGCUGCACAUCUGCGGGUGCUGCACAUCUGAGGGGCUGAAGAAAUUUAACCUUAUUGUGUAUGUUGGAGUUUUUUUUAUAUGUUUUCAGGUAUCUUUAGUGUUUGCCACUUUAGACAUGUAAUAAGCUACCUAAAUAAAGCAAUGUGUAUAUAAAGGUCUAUAA